AUGGGAAUAAUGGAAAUGCUCAACUUGGCGCGGGUGCCCUCCAUCCUCAUGCUCGGGGUGGUUUACGUGGCCUACGUGCUGAUCGGUGGGGUGGUUUUCUGGAAGUUGGAGGGAGAUCUCGGACAGAAGGACAUCGGUCUUUUGCGGCUUCAGAAAAAGACGCUGCUGACGACAUACACCUGCCUGAACCAAAAAGGCCUGGAGGAAGUAGCUCAGGUUGUUCAAGAUGCGUCCAAGGUGGGCCUAAGUUUGAAAGGCAACUAUACCACGGACGGCUUCUGGAAGUUCACCAGCUCAGCUGUGUUUGCUGCCACUGUGGUCACAACUAUAGGUUAUGGCAACAUGAGUCCAAACUCUACUGCCGGCCAGAUCUUCUGUGUGUUCUUCGCACUAUUUGGUAUCCCGCUCAACUUGGUGGUACUCAACAGGGUGGGCAAGUACAUGCUUGCUUUAGAGAGGAACAUCUCCGACUUCUUUGAGGGGAAGACCAAACGAAGGAGGUGUACCCGCUUUUUUGUCCACCUGGUGUCUUACCUGUCUGGAUCAUUGCUCUUCUUUGUUAUGCCCAUGAUUGUGUUCCAACUGCAUGAAGGCUGGACCUUCUCCCAGACCAUCUACUACUGCUUCAUCACCCUCAGCACCAUCGGCUUUGGAGACUAUGUGGCAGACAAUAAUCCAGACAAAGUUUACCCAGAGUGGUACAGCGUCCUCAUGGCCUCGUGGAUCUUCUUCGGCCUGGCCUGGCUCGCCCUCAUCAUCAACCACUCCAUUGACAUCCUGGAGCGGCUCAACACCUACUUCAAACUGCAGUGGAGUGGAGAGAAGCUGGAGGAAGAGUCUGGCAGUGCAGAGGGAGACACACCAGACACACAGGUGGAGGAGGAAGACGAGAACAAGAAGCCUCCAAUAACUCAGUAA